GCACAGGCAAGGCUAACUGCGCUGACACGACAUAUGGACGAACAUUGGACGCCCAUGACGGCCAAAGUUUCGUCCCUUCUUUCAAACAUAUGUACUAUUGUUACACACACACCUAAACAAAAGACUUAUAGGAAGAACGAAGAACAUAUCAAAUUGCAGCUGUCUGUUUGAACCUUGUUAUCCGGCUGACUGAACAUAGCAGCAGAGCCUAGAGGAAUUCCACUUAAAUCAUUUAUAGGGUUUCAACCAGAGAUGGUCCUUGACGCAGCGACAACACGGGACCGGGACCAACGGCCGUCGAGGGGGAAGUGGGCAGGAGGAACCGAGGUGUCUUGCCGCGGUGGCCCAAUCCAUGACGACGUGGCUGAUACAGGCGCAAAUGACGAACCAGGAGACGUUUGCUGGGUGUGCCUUGACGGCCCUUCUCCUGGAAAGCCGCUCAUCCGACCAUGCAAAUGUCCACGAUAUUGCCACAGCGUUUGCAUCGCUCGAUGGCAGCUCCAAAGUGCGGGGAGCAGGCAAGAGACCCACUGCGAGUUUUGCCAAUCGAAGUUGCCGGAGUGGAAGCAGGCGCUGACACCCUCCUGCGGCUGCCAGGCCCCGCGGCAUCCCUCGCCCCCUCCGCAGGCCGUCAUGAACGUCAACUUUGGCGGCCGCACGUACAGCUUCGAGGUGCAGCCCGGCCCCGACGGCUACCGCCGCUUCACCGCCGCCAUCCGGUCCGCCUUCUCUCUGCCUGAGGACAGCGAACUCAACAUCACCUUCACAUGCGACGAGCCCAACACAGAGCCAGUCACCAACGCAGGGUCGCUGUUGACUCUCCAAGGAGCCGGCGCUUAUGACGCUGCCGUACACUGCGCCUCGGUGUCCGCUGCGCGCCGCAUCAGCUCGGGAAGCCCGCUGGCGCAGGCACCCAUGUGGCCCUCCACCAGCAGCGGCGGCGCUGGGGCUGCGGGAGGAGCUGGCGCGGGCGGCAGUGGCGGUGCGGGUGGCAACAACAAUGCGAACAAGAACCGGAUGCUCACGAACAUCGGGCGGCGGCUGCGGAAUGCGAUGGCGGAGCUGUUUGGUACGGGCAGCGGCGCAGGAAGCAGCGGUGGUGGCGCUGGCGCGGUGGGCGGAGCUGGGCGGGAGCUGAGGAAUUGAGGGCAAUUGCAUUGUUAGGUUGAGUUGAGAAGAAUGUGUGAAGUACCAGCUUAGGAGUUUCGGUGGUUGUUUUGGGUGCAUAUGCAGGAGAGUUGGAGGGCAGAGCAGGAGGGGCGUUCGCUUGCUUGUGCAGGGCUUCGGACCUUAGAGAGGGUUAUAGUUGAGGGAGGGAGCGCGUUGCCAUGGCGCGUAGCUUUGGGCGGCUGCUAGUUGAAACCCAACAACCAAUGGGUACCAAGUACUGCUUUCUUUUGCUUGCCUUGUUUAGUGCUGCCUACGGCUGUGGUACAGGUACAUAAAGGUUAGCCGCAAUAACAGCGAUGUCUUCCCUUCCAAGUGUACAUAUCCUUACAAUGUCGAUCUACUUGAGUGUGCCUCUGACGCUGGACGGCCAAGUUAGUUGACGGUUGGACGUGUCUAAAUUCUUCUAAAAUCUUGCUAAAAUCUUGAAUACGAUAUCUCCAUCACCGCUUGGCAUGUCAGCAGGUAGUGAGACCGGGGUGUGGUAGGUUCUGUUUAGAGUGGCAUUAAUUGACGGCGGCACAUAUAAGGUGUGCGCCUGCUGGAUAGGGACAUGAUGAACCCUUGAGCGGAUCUCGAGAAUUGAAGAGUCGUCGAGGAUGAAUGCAUGGCUUCGCUUGAACAGUUGAAUUGUGUCUUCACACUGGGUACAUGCGGUUCAGUUGGUACACGCUUAGGGCCUGUUGGUGAUGAGGAGCACGAAUGAAUGAUCGUUACAAUGGUCUAGCAUGUUGGGGCAUUUAAGUUUUAACUUUCAGCCUUCCGCUGGGAACUCCACUAAGGGGGCUCCAUAGCCAACUGAGGGUAUCACGUCGGAACGUGAGAUCCGCUUCUGCUGUAAAU